AUGAGCACAGACGCAGAGCGGCAGCCGCACAUCGAUCCAGAGUCAGACGAAGUUCAGCUGGAACAACCUGUCACCAUGAAGAGGACCGCUGUCUUCGUGUUUUUAGCCCUCUGUGCUCUCUCAGGUGAGAUUUUUAACCAUUAAUUUACUCAUUAAUUUAGUGAAGUGAAAGUGAAGUGAGUUUUUUAAGCAUUUAAAUUGAAAAGUUUAUAUAAAAACCCUUCAAAUAACAAAGCAGCUUUAUUUAUUUCAUGUUUUUUAUUUUAAAAGUGGCAUUCAUGCUGUAAUAAAACAGCCUGUAAACGUAGUCUGUGUUGGGUUUUAUAAGUGACACUGUGCAGGGUUUGAAGAGACCACAGCGUGACUUCCUGGAGUGUUUAGGGAACAGAAAAUUUCCGCAGUCUUUCGACCUUGAUGCAGGUCUGAGUCACAUGUCAGCUGGCAGAACAAAGAUGUUUUUUUUAAGGGACAGGAUGGAUUGCAACUUGACUUCUGCCAACAUUUAAAUGCAAAAAGCAGCAGUGAUUGAAAACAGCAGACGAUUAAUCUCUACCUCACUGUUUCUAUGAGGAAUAAAAUGUUAAACUCUGACUUUAAACUCUGGAAUUUGACUUUCAUUUUCAGUUCUCUAUCUUGUCUCUACAGCACAUUGAAAAUCAUUUGACAGUUUUAUUACACUUGAAGAAAAAGUAGCUGCUUUUGCAACUUUUCAAUACAGUUACUACUUAGUAGAUUAAAAAAAUCACAAAAAAGUUGCAAAUACUCCAUCAGCUACAAAAGAAACAAACAUUUAGUCGGGCCUCAACUAAGUUUUGAAUGUGAAAAUAAAUACAUUUUAAAAAGUUGUGACAUUUUUUUUUAAAAUCAUAUUUUAAAUAAUCUCAGAAAAUAUUACAAAAAUCUGAGAUGCUAUUUUUUCUGAUUUUCAUGAUCUCUGAGGCACAUUUUUUAAAAAAUUUACACACAAACUGGCUUUAAAAUGUCCAAUUUACAUGCAGUGUUCCAGUUUGUAAUGUUUGAGAAUUCUGUUAUAUGACUAAUAUUGUGAAACCAUAAAUUUAUUGUUAUUUUUUCUAGAUCUAAAGGUCUCAUUGGUAUAAACGUUUUGGUGGUAUUAGAGACUGUAAUAACUGCAGCUUAAUCUGUUUUGGAGAAAACACACCUGAUCAAAGUUCAUCCUUUAAAAAGUUCUUGUGUUUGCCCCUGGCAGGCUUAGGUUUUUCCUCCACUAUAGAAAAGUUCCCCACAGAUGCUGAUCUCUGCCAUAAAGAGGAAGGUGAUUAUUUUUAAACUGAACUCGCUCUCCUCAGAACAAGCAGACUCUGUGAACAAAAGCAAUAAUUUUAGUGCUCUGAGAACCGGUGUUUCCGGUCCUUCUGACUCCAUCACUUACAUGUUUCUGUUUCAUCAAUCUUGUGCUGGAUCAAAACUCUAAAUAGACAAACAGGAGAGUCAUUAAAUGACUUAACAGCUCAACAAUCUGAUGCAGCAGCAUACCAGCAGCUCUCAUGUUAUUAGGUCUUCAAAUGGACUCUGGUGCUUUUAAAUGGAGCAUCUUCAACCAGAAGGUCCAUCUUUAUGGGGAUCAAAAUGUGAGUGACAAAAACAGGAACUUUAAGUGGAUGAACUUUGGUUUGGCACAUUUACCCUCAGAGGAUUACAGCUCAGCUUUCUUUACAGCUGACGACUGAAGCAAUCAAUGGGAGCAUUUCGCAAACUUUUGGAAACUUUAAAACCACUAAACCCUGAGUUACGUAGAAAUGAAACCAGAGUUUACAAAGACAGGAGAUUUUCCUUGAAGUGCUGACACUGACUGGAAGUCUUUGUUUUUUUUGCAGUCGUAACACUUCCCAUCCAUCCGUUGAGCCAGUUAGCAAAAGGGCUCUGGUUAGCAGAGAAUGUUUUUCAGAGCUGAGUCAUCACUUUAAUUUGAAUGUUCAUGUAAAACUAUUUGAAAGCUCCGUCUGAACCUGCAGAUAAGCUGUUUGUGUGUCAUGACCUGUUUUUUUUUUUUUAUAUAUAUAUAUGACUGAGUCACCUGAUGCCACUGUGAGAGCUGUCAUGUUUUUAGACAGAGGCAGUCUGAUCGUUUCUAUGUCUGUUUACUAGAUCAGCUGUUUUAGCGAGCUGUCACUAAAACUUAGUGACAUUGUUUUAACAUCAUCAACACAUCAGUUAAAUAAUUUGUGUAUAACUACCUGUAUUAUCAAACCUCCAAAUAAUUAACACCUCAACUUGCUAAUCAUUUUAUCUCCAGGCUUUUUAUUUCUGACUUUUUUUGGACUUUGUUUAAAAGAGCCAUCAUGAGCUCUUUCUGGAUGUGUUUAUGGUAUUUUUCCUUCCGCUGUCUAGUUUACCAUAUUUGGACAGAGAGCUUAAACACAGGGUUAGGCUAGAGGCUAAUGCCAGAGCAUGUUCGGGAAGCAUCUGUAUCAAUACAUCACUGUGAUAUGGAUGAGGAAGCUGAUUUAGGUCAGCAAAGAACAGGCUUAGGCCAGAUCUAGGUUCGAUUUGUAACCUCCAGUAACUGAUGUGCACGCCCUGAUUUGUGGAUUGUCCUAAUUAUUUGGCCCUGUAAGCCUCAGGCAUGUGGUUGGCAUAGUCAGUGUGAAUAUUUUACGUUCUUAGGAUUGCCUCCGUCAUAUCACUCACAAUACCCAGUGAAGAAAACAGACUUGGAUACAUCUACAACCAAACAAGCAGUAACUUUUGGUCUGGAGAAAUCAAGUGUAAGUGUGUGCUAAUUGUGCUAAAAAGUGCAGUUCUCUGAGUAUCCACUAGAGGCUGGCUUCCAAAGCACUAAAAUCUACAUUCACACUCAUUGAAAAAAGCCAACUUUUAGAGUAAAAAUUAGCCAGGUUAAAAGAACAGUUUUGGUCUGAAUAGCUCAAUACUGAGUGAGUUCACUAAUGUGCUUAAUAACACAAGAAAAGAGACUUAAUCUCCAGAUUUAAGAGCCUCUCUGAAGUUUAAUGCAAGACAAACCACAACCGAACUGAAAAGGAAAAGGCGUGGGCAUUUCUGUGAAAUUUGGUUUCUGUGAAACAUUUAGUGUGUGGUUUAACAGUCUUGUUGAAGGGUCUUGUGUGUACAGAGAAUUGUAAAAAAAAUCCAACGUGUAUGGUCUCUCACCAUUUUAAAUGUCCUCACAGACUAUCCUGUGUUUUCAUGUGGCACCAUCCAUAGACCAUCUUUGUUUUUGCUUGGAACAAUUACUUUUACAUCAGGGAUAAUCUUAUCUUUUUUCUAUCAGAGACCAUCUCCUUUCCCUAAGGACUAUCUUGUUUUGUCCAGGGACUAUGUGCUUUUCUAGAGACAGUCUUGUUUCCCCCUGGACCAUUCUUUUUCCAGGGACAGUCUUUCCCUGAGGAACAGUUUGUUUUGAGAAGGAACCACAUUGAAGUAGGUAGUUUCUUGUACAUGCAGUGUGCAAUUUUGUUUUCUCUAGUAGAUUAUGUUGGUCUUUGUCGCCCAGUUACCUUUUCUUUUUCCAAUGAACCAUCCUGUUUUCAGAUGAUCUUGUUUACUUUAGGGACAGGCUUUAUUUUCUAGGAGGCAUCUUGUUUUUUCCUGACGACCGUCCUUUUGUAACUAGAGACCAUCUUUGCUCAACCACCUUGCUCUUACAAGAGACCAUUCAGUCCUCUCAAGUGCCUAUCUUGUUGUUCCCAAGAAUUCAACCUGUGAUCCUCAGGGACCAUUUGUUUUUUUUUGGGAUACUAGCUUGUUCUUUGCUUGGACCCAUCUUGCUCACUAUUUAGAGUAUACAGUUAAUAAGACUAUCCUGUUUUCAGCUGGGACAAUCUUAAUGUCCCAGCUGAAAUCAUUUUCUCAAAGGACCAACUUUUACCGUUAUUCAUGAUCUUGUUUUUUUAGGGGCCAUCUGGCUGUGGAUUAGUCUAGUUUUCUUCAAUGACCAUUUGUUUUAAAGAGGACAAAUUUGUUUUCUGGAGGGACAGAUUUUUUUUAUGCGCGCUGAGGUUAAGCUGUAGUCAAUCUCAGUUUUUCUUUGGAGCAACCAAUUAUCCUAAAGGCCAAAACCCACAGGAUGCUUGUUGAAGCGUCGCAGCUCCAUCCCUGCUCUGUGCCAGUGGCAUCUCAACGUGCUGCUCUGCCUAAGAUACGCACCAAGUCUGUUUUCAACACACUAUGCUUCCAACACGCGUCAGUCUUAACAGAGCAGAUAGCAUCAGACAGGAAAUGAAGCACAAGCAGGAUAUAAUUAAUCAGGUAAAUUUCAAAAUAAAACGCCAUAUGUGGAUUCCUGACUGUUUAUCAGGUUGUGUAGAUGAGAAACACUUCCUGGUUAUGGAUUUAUCAUUAACACAGAACAGCCCCAUGGCCUAUCCUCGAUCCAUGUGGACCACACCAGGACGUUUAGCUGCUAACUCUGUCUGAAGGCAACAUCACAGCAAAGUGGAACAUAGUUUACUUUACUAAAGAGUAAACCUGCAAAAAUUCAAACUUAAAAAUCACGUUAGUUCACAUACAGUAGAAGCAGUUGGGUCUUUGUAAUACAUUAAACAAUGAGCGUGGUUUAGACCUGCUCUUUUGGAAAGCGUCUUGGGACAAUGACUGUUGUGAUUUGGCACAACAUAUAAAUAAAAAUUGAUUGAUUGUUUUCCCCAGACACAAUCUUGUUUUUCAUAUGGACUUUCCUGCUUUUUAUUGUUGAUGUCGGAGUCUGACUAACUUGGGAUCACUUUGUUUCUCAGCAACCUUUUUGUCUUUUGACUGGGGCCAUCCUGUCCUGGCCAGGGCAAAUCAUGUUUAUCCUUAAAAAUCACCUUUUCGUCAUGGGAAACUAUCUGGUUCAUUUGGUGAGCCAUCUUAUAUUUUCAGUGUAGUUUGAUGUUUUUAUUGGGGAAAGUUUUGUUUUCCGUGGGUUCACCAUGUUCUUGGCUGCAGAACAGGGUAGCCAAGGUUGUCAUGAGCACCACCCAAAUUUCUGAAGAACAAUCUUGUUUUCUGUAGGGGCCAUUUUAUGUGUUUAUUGAGGACAAUAAGGUUUAUCUUACUACUAUAAUUCUUCAAUAUACCAACACUAACAUGGAUGCUUUAAUCUACUUUACUGAACUUUUGCUUUAUAAACUUACUCAGCAAAAGCUUAAACCUGAAGGGUGUUUUUUCAUAUGAAUAAGAACCACAUUCUUGUUGAGUUUGAAACGUUUUAUAUGCAAGCUGAAUUAUUUAAUUUUUCUCUUUUUUCUGUUUAAAGCGCUGUCAUUGGCUGAAGAGGGAGAGAAAUCUGAUCCCUCUGCAACUGUGGCUCCUCCAGGUGAGUUCAGCCCACAGCAGCCAAGUUCCACCACCAAGCCUACAACAAAAAACCCCCCAACAACAAAGCCUACGACAAAACCCCCCCCAACAACAAAGCCUACAACAAAAAACCCCCCAACAACAAAGCCUACAACAAAAAACCCCCCAACAACAAAGCCUACAACCACCAAGCCUACAACAACAAAGCCUACAACCACCAAGCCUACAACUACAAAGCCCCCAACCACCAAGCCUCCAAUUACAAAUGCUACAACCACCAAGCCUCCAAUUACAAAUGCUACAACCACCAAGCCUCCAAUUACAAAUGCUACAACCACCAAGCCUCCAACUACCACCAAGCCUCCACCACCACCUACACCAACCCCCCCCACCAACUUGACUGUAGGCAACUACACCCUGAUGUCAGACAAAAAUGUUAUCUGCUUGAUGGCUCAGAUGGCGCUGCAGAUCCGACUGGUAUCGCAAAAGGUACGGUUCACUAGCCUCCAGAGUUAACAGGCCACUUAGAAACUUACGAACACAGACUGAACUUUCUGUAAACUGAGAUGAGUUAGCUUGUAAUAAAGCAGUGUCAGCAACCAGUUUUCAGGAAUUGAGAAAUGUCCUUUUAUAAGUCUGGAUUUCCUGCUUGUGAUGAGUGAUGUCUGUCAGAUGAGUUGUCAUGUGACAGUUGCUAAGCCUUCAUGACACAGCAAUGUUGCUUUCUUAAUCAUUUGUCCUGAGAAUGUUUAAUACAAGUGGUAAAUCUUUCAGGAAAAUGGGACCUUCAUUGUUCAGCCAAAGUCAACCAAAGUGCAAGGCGAAUGUAAGAGCCCCAAGGCCAACCUUACCCUGGUCUUCACUGAGGGAUCCAUCACCUUCUUGUUCAACAAGGUACUUCAGAUUCACUCUUUUUCAAAAUUUGGUCAAUCUCUGUCUUUGUAGUACCUCAUAUGUUACCUCAUUACCGUAGUUUGGGACUCCACUAAAAGCCCGCAGCAUGAGUGACUUUGACAUACCAAACAUUCACUCUUUUUGAAUCAUGACCUUAAAUUUGGUCCGUGCUUUUACAUUGAAAAUGGAAUCAGGCAACAAUCCUUAAAAAAGAGGAAGUUAGGUUACAAAGCCUGCUAUGAGAGCAUGUGACAGGGAAAGUGCCUCACUCCACAGUCCUUGUGUGAUUCAUUCUGUGGUUUUCUAUGGGACUCCCCCAAAGAUUAACAGGUUGUCUCUACUAGUGCAUCACUGCCAAACUGCUGACAUAACCUAGAAAUAAUCACGGUAGCAAAAUAGCAGUAGCAAAUACAGAGAGGUGACCUUUAUCUCAAGGGAGUUAAGGGUCAGUAACAUUUCACUCAAUGAGAGUCUGCUCUGAAGCGACACUUGUUUAUCCAGGCUUUUGGUAUCCAGUUAUGUUUAUUGUAGUGUGUUGUUAAGCGCUUUGGGUAUCUUGAAAGGCGCUAUACAAAUGCAAGAUAUUAUUAUUGUUAUCAUUAUUAACCUCACUUUUUAUUUUACUGUCAACAAAGGAACUGUAGUGUGAGGCAGUAGUUACCUGUAGCUAGGCUGCCAUCAGCAUCUUAGCUACAUUUUGUAUCAGCAGUGAUUAAGCAAAAAUGCUAAUUUUGCUAGAAAAGUGCAGGAAUCGCAUAUUAGUGGUACUAAAUUGAAUGAUGAUUUUUAGUGAGGUUAAAACGAGGGAUGUUUAGGUUUAGUCAACUAGAUCACUACACAUGGCCAACCUUGCUAGUAGUUACAAGAAUUAUCAUUUGGUUAUCAUUAAAAUUCCAGUUUUAUGUUGUGGCUAAACUGUUGUGCAGCUAAAAGCUCCCGCCACAACACUGAAAUGCUCUACUUCCCAGGUGUAAACAAAAACAGGUGACAAGUGGCAUUAAAUAGGUUCACAUGGUUUUGUUUUGAUUCAGAAAAUGGAGAUAAAUUUGAAUGUUUGCUGGUUAAACUGAUAACAACUCAACCAGAGCAAAGAGUAACCAGCACAGGUAUGUGGACAAAAAAACCUUCGAGGAGGACUGAAUGCUGAUGGUGCUAGCUGUGCUAGACUCUGAGAUCCCAUACUGUUAAUAAAGUAAAUAAGCUGUGUUUUAUUGACUGUUGUCAGAGAUUUUUUGUACCUAAACCCUAACCCUACAGUAAAAGUCCUUAUAAGUUAUUUUACAUCGCAAGUUAGUGAUGGUUGUAUUUAUUUAUUUAUGAAAACUUUGACUAAAAACAAAUUAAGGUUUUAAUAUGCUCUGUUCAGCACUGGAGGACAAACCUGUCUUUUUUGUUUGUUUGUUUUUUUACAUUCACAGAGUGCUGAAGACGUUUAUGUCCACACUCUGUCUUUCGACCUCAUCUACCCUUUGAGCAAAACUGGUAGGUCCAAUUAAUCUCAUUUUAUUCCACUUUCUCAACAUGGUUUACAGCCGUAUUAGAGAGUCCAAACUUUGGACUCUCUAAUUGGGUCACUGCAUGUGCUCUGAUAUCUCAGUGGCUGGUGGAGGUUGGGCAACACUGGCAAAUAUUAGCAUAGACAAGAAGCACACCAGGGCCAACGACUUCUUUGUUUGUGUAUGUGUGUGCAUUCAAAUAGGGUUAGAAAUAAGCUGUGGAAUUACUGUUAGGCAAGUGAUUUACUGUUAAGCAGGUAACACCAACCUACUUUCAGUGGAAUGUGGCCCAACAAGUUUGGUUCUAUAUCUGAACAUCAUUGUUUUUAUUUUCUGCUCUGAAAGCACCUGAGCAUGACUUUGUUUCAACUACUGCAGGAAACAAGUUCAGUGCCCACAACACGUCACUGAGGCUCUUCCCUGCAAAGGUUGGACUCUCCUACUCCUGCAAGAGCGAGUCUGUGUACAUGGGGAAAGGACUGUACCUGGACGUCAACCAGGACAGGAUGCAGGCCUUCAACCUGACCAAGAGCAACGAGUUCGGCCUGCGUAAGUGUCUCCAUGCUGACUAAAUCAGAGCACAGAGAAGUUAAAAAUGAUGCUCCUGCUCAAUGAAAAAUGUCAUUUAAACAUGCAUGUUUGAUUUGGUCCAAACAAAACAACCAUGUCCAAAAACACACGCCCAGAAGUGUUGAUCAAAACAACUAACUUUAAUAACUUGUAGAAAACUGUUCUGCUGAACUUAGCUUCAUUUAUGUAGCUUUUAUUACAUCCGACAAAAACAAGAAAGAAAAAAAAAACAUUGAAAUAAUACCAACUAAAGGUUGCAAUAAAGCUCCUAUUAGUGACUCUAAAUUUGAGUAGCUUCUGGCGCCUCCUGUGGACAAACAUCUACCUUGUACCAAUGUUUUUCCCUUUCCUGAACUUAAAGAGAGUUUUCAAACAGAUAAUCUCACUCUUCUUCUUUUCAUAGUAAAGUUUAUCACUUCUGAAAUUAUGAGAUUAGUUUCUGCAUUGGAUGCCUGACCCACUGCAGGGAGUAAGAAUUACUGCAUAGAUAAAAUGAGUCAUGUCACAGAUUGACUUGUUUGCUUUUGUAGGUCAUAAAUACCUACCACCAUCUGACACCACAGCAACAAAAGCAAACUCCUGAACACCAAAAUCAAUGAAUUCUGUGAACUCUGGGCCUGUUGUUCAAAAUAUAGAAGUUAAACAGAUUUUCUGAGAUCUUUUUGGCUUUUUUAUUUUCUCCUGGGUAAUUAACCUUUGGUUCAGUCCACUGUUUGUUGCUUUGGUGCAGCAGCUGUUCUUUACUGCUUCAGUGAACUCUUUAUGUCAUAUCAGAUUAAACCACCUUGUGAAACGAUCAUAUUGCACAUACUGUCAGUGGCUGUCAGAUGUAUUUUCACUUUCUAGAUUAAAAAUAUUCUCACACUGGUAAUGUCUUUGCAAUGCGGUGCUAAAGCUGCGUUACUUUAGCUUUUGCAUUCGGCUGCAAACUGCCAAAAGAUGAUCAGCUGUAAACGCAGUUUAUUUCUCACAGUUAUCCUUUUAAAAGAAUGGGGGCUUUUUUGAUACUACAUUACUUUAAGAAAGAUUUCACAAAGGCUUUUAAAACUAGUGAAAAAUAUUUCAAACUAUCUAAUUGCAUCCAUCUGUAGCAGUGAGAGAUAUGUUGAUCUCUCUGUUUGCAUAAUUUUGAAGCAAAAUUGAAGAAGUCUGAUAUAGCCUUAUUUACUUACUGUUCUAUUUCAGGCCAUGCUCUCUUUCACAUUGCAGAUCUUUAAACAGAUUUUUGCUUCAGUUGGAUAAAAUUGAAUGUGAAAAGCAGUAAAGCUUCCCUAACAUUAGUAUGGUCAUCAAAGCUCCAUCUUUGAUUGGUUGUGUUGACAGGUGUUUGUCUAACCUGAUGCGAAUGUGUUUUUCCAGCUGACCCGUGUCCCGCAGACCAGCCCGAUUAUCGCGUCGCCGUCGCUGUUGGAGUGACAUUGCUCGUGCUCAUCGUCAUCGUGGUCCUGGCCUACCUGCUUGGCCGCCGGAGGAGAACUGAUGGCUACCAGACUCUGUGA